UGGCCCUCCCUACAUUUGAAUUUAUUUGCUGGUGGCGUGAUGUCGAAACCAUUGGAGCGGUAACAGCACGUAACAAGAGCAUCGUUGAGGGCCUUCAACAAGACAUGGUUGUUUUGUUCCCCAGAGUUGUUGGUGGUACAACACCUGAGAGUGGAAACCAUUUCAUUCUUUGGGUUUUAGAUGGAGACAAGAGACAGAUCAGAGUGUAUGACUCUCUGCGCCUUUACCCUUGCCCCAAGAACUGGGAGAUUGGCAUAUUGAGCCAGGCCUUUCAGGGGACAUGGGACCUUUCAAAGUGGGAGAUACAGUACCCACAGCAGUGGCUUCAAAGGGACUCUCAGAACUGUGGCGUCUUUGUCUGUACGAUGGCUGAAAUGGAAGUCCGGGGGAUAAAACCAAGGCAAGAGAUACUGGGUGGACCUCAGCUGGAAUAUCUCCGUCGCUAUCAUUCAACUUCUUUGAUUUCUGACGUCUUGCUAGAGGAAAUCUUCAAGAGUGUGGAGGACAGAGCACAUCGGUGUAUGGCGGAGGACAUUAAUGUGUGUGUGUUUCAGAAGCUGGACAGUGGAGGCAAAAUGUAUCCAGAAGUGGAACAUCUGAUGUGGGUGCAGUGUGAGUCCUGUAAAGGAUGGUUGCACACAGAUUGUGCAGGCGUUGUGGCCCCUAAAGGCCAAUUUACAUGCGGCUGCAGGAGGAAACUGCCACUGAAUGUGGAUACGAAACUGGCAAAAAUGAUACAGACUGCCAUAAUCUGUGAUGAAGAUGUCAUAGAUGUUGACCUUGUGCUCGACGUAAUGAUGCCUGAGGUUUCCAUCAACAUUGUCACGAACCACGAGGGUUUCUGCAGGUUUCUGGCUGAGAGGUUCAUGUCCAUGCAUCCGGCAUUGGAGUAACAACCAUUGCUGUUUUUUUCUGUAUUUAUACAUUCUUUUUUCAUGUAUUAGUUUUUUAUUUAUUUAUUUAUGUCUUAUUGGAUUUCAAUUUAUUAUCUUCAUUUCAUUAUUUACUAUAUGUGUGUACUGGGGAAAUUUGAUUUUUUUUGGUGUUAAGUUUAUGGUGUAUUUUGUUCUGAGAGAGAACUGAACCAUGCAAGGUUUUCCGUAUUUAGAUUUACAAAGCUUUUUUGUUUACAAAGCUUUUUUGUUCUUAUGUUUAGAAUUAAAAUGUGUUCUCCAAAACUGUCCAGUUGUCUGUUUUUGUGAUCAUCUACCCAUGGAUGGCUACAACAUUUGGUU